AUGUCUUGUAUUCGUUUUCAAAAUGUUUUCCGACGACUUCGGCUAGUUACUAUUGGCAUGUUACAUGUACCGGCUUUACCAGGUACUCCAGCAAAUCGUAUGUCGAUGCCUGAUAUUAUUCAAAAGGUUUUACACGAAGCUGAAAUAUAUUCAAAAGCUGGAAUUGAUGCCCUGAUGGUAGAAAAUAUGCACGAUGUUCCAUAUAUUAAGAAGAACUUAGGCCCUGAGAUUGUUUCUGCAAUGUCUAUUUUGGGUUACGAAGUGAAGUCAAAAACAAAAUUACCCUGUGGCCUACAAAUACUCGCUGCUGCCAAUAAAGAAGCUUUAGGUGCUUGUAAAGCUGCUGGCUUAGAUUUUGUCCGCGUAGAAGGAUAUGUUUAUUCUCACGUAGCAGAUGAAGGCUUUAUUGACAGUUGUGCCGGUGAAAUUCUACGUUAUCGAAAGAGCAUCAAUGCUGACGAUAUUUUAAUAUUUGCCGACAUCAAAAAAAAACAUAGUUCUCAUGCAAUUACUGCGGAUGUAGAUACCAUCGAUUCAGCCAAGGCUGCUCAAUUUUGCCGAAGUGAUGGUGUCAUAAUUACUGGCUCUAGUACAGGUGAUCCUCCCCUAAAAAGUGAAGUUAAUAAUGUCAUCGAUGCUGUAGACAUCCCCGUGUUGGUAGGUUCUGGUGUUACGUUGGAAAAUAUAGAUAACUACGCGCGUGCUAACGCAUUAAUUGUAGGAUCAUACUUUAAGAAGGAUGGAUAUUGGUUUAAUGAUCUUGAAAAAGUUCGAAUCGACAAUUUCCUGCGAUGUGUUCGAAGCAUUAGAGAAAAUAGUGAUUAUACACAAUAG